GCGGCGUGGAAAGGCAAAGUCGUGGCGAGAUACGCGCGAUGUCUAAUCAGCAGCGACGACGUCGUCGUCGUCGUCGUCAGUACGUUACACACUGCUGCCUCGUCCUCGUCCUUCCGUUCCGUUCCAUGUGGCCUGUCGCAGCGCAGCUGAUUGAAUCCCGCACCGCCAACAAAACCACCGAACGCGACCGCACAGGGCACAGUAUAAAACGACGGCUCCUAGCUAGCGGUAGCUUUUAGUUCAGUUCCAGCUGGUCAGGCAGGCGAUUGCAAGCUGCUUACAACCAACAUACUUUCUUCUCACCACUUUGAGUUUGAGUGGAUUCUGCUACAGUUGUUUUAUUUGUUCCGAUCUUUGUUUUGAUUCGUUGAUCCGGACGGUUGUUGUGAAAAUUGAAGACGAAAAAACAAUCGAACCAGCUUAUAGUAUAGUGUAUUUGGAACGUGCGCACGCAGUGUGACUCUAGUUGGAGGAACUGAAACCGCGAGGAAGCAUCAUCGAUCGAUUGCGCGUCGUGAUUAGAGGCGAUUCGAGUGAGACUGGAGAAUCAUGUAAACUGGAUAUCGUUCCACAAACAGUUUCAACCAUUGAAUUGUGAAUAAACUUCCAGACAGCGAAGAACGAUCUGUCAGUGAUUGCGCAUAAAACGGCCGGUUCUUUUUACUUGAGUGAAACCACAAAAUCUUCCAAGACACAAGAAGUGUGAGUGUAGUGAUCGACCAGUUUCGGGUGCUCAUUUUUUUCGCUUUCCUGACAAAAAAAACAAGAACCAAUUGCGGACGGAAAGUUUCGGGCAUUUCGGCAAAAUCGGAAGAACCCUACGGAAGCGUUUCUCGGAAAGCAUUCCUUGUUCCUUUUUUACUGGAUUUUCGUUUUAUUGUAAGUGACUAGUGACCCAGAAAGCGACACCGACACCGACUCCGUAGGACUCGGUUUAAUUGUUUCCCGUAUCGUUAAUUCCCCGAACCGGUCGUCGGUUGUAUGGCCACCAAGAUGAAUCUGUCAUUUGCUGGAUGCGGAUUUCUCGGAAUCUACCACGUUGGAGUGGCCGUCUGUUUCAAAAAGUAUGCACCCCAUCUGCUGUUGCAUCGGAUUAGCGGAGCCUCGGCCGGCUCGCUGGCCGCCUGCUGUCUGCUGUGUGAUAUGCCCUUAGGUGAGAUGACCUCGGACUUCUUUCGGGUGGUCAACGAAGCACGCAGCCACUCGCUCGGUCCGUUCAGCCCACGGUUCAACAUCCAGACGUGCCUGCUGGAGGGUUUGCAGAAGUUCCUGCCGCCGGAUGCACACGAGCGGGUCAACGGCAAGUUGCACAUCUCGCUGACCCGCGUCUACGACGGCAAGAACGUCAUCGUGUCGCAGUUCAACAGCCGGGAGGAUUUGCUUCAGGCCCUGCUCUGCGCGUGCUUCAUCCCGGUAUUUUCCGGCAUUCUGCCGCCCCGCUUCCACGGCGUACGCUACAUGGACGGAGCCUUCUCGGACAAUCUGCCCACCCUGGACGAAAACACCGUCACCGUGAGCCCCUUCUGCGGCGAGUCGGACAUCUGCCCCCGCGACAACAGCUCCCAGAUGUUCCACGUCAAUUGGGCCAACACCAGCAUCGAGCUGUCCAAGCAGAACAUGAACCGCUUCGGACGGAUCCUGUUUCCCCCGCGGCCGGAAAUCCUGUCCUCGUUCUGCCAGCAGGGCUUUGACGACGCGUUGAACUUCCUGCAUCGCAACAAUCUGAUCAGUUGCACCCGGUGCCUCUCGGUGCAGUCGACCUUUUCGCUGGCCGAUCAGCCGACACAGCUCGAGGAUCAGCUCCUGGAGGAGUACGAUCCGGAGUGCAGCGAGUGCAAGGAGUGCAACGAACACCGGCAGAACGCCCUGGACGGCAGCAUGCCCGACACGGUGCUGACCGUUUUCCAGACGUACAUCGAGGAGGCCAACAAAGGACUGAUGAACUGGGUGUUCCGACACCGAGGAGCGAGACUGCUGAAGGCAUUGUCACUUCCGGCCACGCUGCCCGCGGACAUCAUGGUCGCUACGCUUAGCAAUGCCGUUGGCGAACGUGUCGAACGGCGCCAAUUCCGGUACAAGGUUCUAGGGAACAUCGUCUGCCCCUCGACUGGCAGCACCGAUGGUGAUCAUUUAGGUGGACCGGUGAACGCCCGCUGCGGCAAAUGCCGGACACGGCAGCAGCGAGCACUGGCACUGGUGGGAAGUGCCGGAAGAUCUACGGUCAAUGUAUACACUGCGGCGAGGCUGGAACCAGAAAUGGAUCCGAUGCUUCUGGCACUAGAGACACGGUUGAGACGACUCCUGGUAGCGACUCCCACGAUCGGCAGUCAGCUCUGGUCCGUCAGUAAGUUCGCCCUCAAAACGCUGAACGCAAUUUUGCAGCGAAUCCGCCGCGAGCACCAGAUGACAGCCAGCUUGGAGUGCAAGGUGGCCUUUACGGAGUAUUCCGGCUGGGGAGCGAAACUGGUGGGCACCCGCACCAAGCGGCUAAGCCACCGGGCCUCUGUGGGGUCUCUGGUGGACGUGCGGGUUGACGGAGGGAACGAAUUGGUUGUUAUACCGGGUGGUGGUGCUCUUGUUACCGCCGAAAGUGAACUAGUUGAGAUUCGCGAGUUCGGUCGGACUGACCGCGAGGGAGGUGACGAAGACCAUCCGGAUCAUCCGGACCACCCGGAUUACGAUACGUUCGAUCACAUUCUGCAGGCCACCUCCCAUCACGAGGCCAUGUAUGCGUACUACUACCUGGAUGCCGACAAUAAGGUUAAGGUAACGGAGAUUUUCGACAUGACGGACGAUGGCAGCCCGGCACUGCAGACGGUCCAGGAACGGGAGGUGAACCAACAGCUGGAGUACGACAACGAUUGGGAAACGACACAGCCAGGUAUGGCCCGGUCCGCAGAUAUACCCACGCCCAAAGCCCAUAGUUGGACGUCGUCGAUGAGCCAGUGUAUUGUAAACCACAAUCCACGGCACGGAGUCUUUGAGCCGUUAGCAUCCCAAUCGGGCUCCAGCCAUCCGCGUCAGCAUCAGCCUCUAAGCGCCGAUAUUGUGUGUCGAACCGUUGCAUGUGUCUAUAUUUCCUCUACACCGAAACGUACGAUCGAGACGGCCUGAUGGAUCUCGAUGAGUUGAUCGAACCAUGCCUGUACCCGAACCAGCACCCCCACAUGCACCACUAUCGGCACCACCACCACUACGGUCAUCAGCUCGAGCAGAACCAUUCCCUCGACCCGGUGGCAACCUCGACGGCUCUCCAGCAGUGGCAGCAGCUGCAGAUCGAAGAGCUUCCCAGUGACGACACCGGCAGCAUCGACGACACCUUGUACCUACAACCGGAAGCGGACCAGCAACAGGCCUUGCUUUCGGAAGCCACCACGCUCCUGCUCAGCAAACCGCCGCCGGCUUACUCGAUAGUAGAAAUGUGAUACGCUCCGUGUGGGCGGGGCUUAUGUCGCCAACACACGGGGACAUGCGUGUGACAAGUGCACCAUGAUGAUAUUAGCGCAUUAACGGAAAGUUACCAUAGCAAGCAAACCCAAAAGUGAUGCAACGUGCGAGAAUCUUUGCUGUUCAAUGUAUGCAUGUGUGUGUUUGUGUUCAUUGAUGUAUGUAAGGAAUAUUGAAUAAUUAUCCCACAACUAUGAGUUGUGCGUUUUUAUUGAAAUCGAAUGCUUACGGAUACGAAGGACUGCGUACCAGUAGGAGAAACAUUAGGCAGGAACCUAUGUGACUCUAUCAUCCCCCAAAACGAUCAUUAGGUGCGAUUCUGAAAAUUAAGAAACACAGUAGGAAAAGUAUGUGUGAAUGUGAGAAAGCUGAUCAACCAUUUCAUCAAUUAGAUUAACCGAACCAAAUCGUAUUGUGUCUUAUUAAAAAAAAACAUGAAAACUGGAAACUGUAAUGUGAAGAUUUCGAGAGAAAAAAAAAGUUACGAAAGUGGAAACUUGUCAAAGGCUGUGCAAUCGGGAGAGUUUCCCCUUCUAAUCCGAGGUCCAGUCUAAUUAAAGCCACAGAGAGAGAGAGAGAGCCACACUCCGAAAACAACGAAAAGUCGUAAUCGUAGGCUAGUAGAAACGUUGCAAGUGAAACGGAAAUCCUAAUCAAACGAAACCAUUGUACCUUAGCAGUAGAGCAAAUUGAAUAGCGAGAGAGUAGCCCAAUGUGUACCGAGCAGGAGCGCGGGUUUACAGUUCAACUCCAGAAAAGGAUGGAACGAGAAGUUCUAGUGUGCCUAGUACCUAGUGGUUAUUUUAUUUUUAUGAGUUAUUGUGUUAGCAUUUUUUUUAAUCAAUUGAAACUGUGUCUCGUGUUUUAUGAUUUGUAGUAGAAGGCAAUGAAACAAAAAAUUGCGUUCGUUUUAGGAUAAAGAAAAGGCUUUAUUUGGUUUGUUUUAUAAUUUAUAUUUAUGCAGCAUACGAAGAAACAUAGACGGUGAUAUAACCGCAGAUCCAUUAUUUAUAUUUAAUGCGACUAUUUUACGAUGAAAUAAAAUUUUCUAAUUAUAUAAAA